AUGAGAAUGCAUCAACUGCCGUGGGAGGCCCAGGCGGCUGCGAAGCGGGCUGCGACUCUCGCCAAAAUCAACCCACGAUGGAGACUUGCGCCCGAGGACCUCGAACGAGCUCGUCACCAGCGGGACCUCACCGGCCUGUUCAUCCAGGAGUUUCUGGAUGCAGACACAGUGUCAAUCACGUCGAUGAACAGCUUACCGAUCCUUGCAGCCAUCCGGGAUCAGAAACUGUCUGCGACCGAGGUUGUAACCGCUUUCUGCAAAACGGCAGCCGUUGCCCAUCAGAUCAACAACUGUCUUCACGAGAUCUUCUUUGAGGAAGCACUCGAUCGAGCGAAGUAUCUAGACGACUACUACACCAAGAACAAGAAACCCCUCGGGCCGCUUCAUGGUCUUCCUAUCAGUCUGAAGGACCAGUUCCACGUCAAGGGGACUGACACCACAACGGGAUAUGUGGGUUGGAUUGGAAGUAACCUGCGUAUCUCGGACCCCAAAGAAACCCACAAGGUCGAAAGCCAGAUUGUCACGGAACUGCUAUCCCUGGGAGCAGUUUUGUUCUGCAAGACAAGCCUGCCUCAAACGCUUCUGUUUGGAGAGACGAAGAACAACCUCAUCGGCCAAACACUGAAUCCUCGAAACCAGAACCUCUCAUGCGGCGGAUCAUCUGGAGGGGAGGCUGCACUGAUGGCAUUGCGCGGAAGUUCUCUUGGCGUUGGUACUGAUAUUGGAGGAUCGGUUCGCAUUCCCGCUGCCUUUUGCGGCGUGUUUUCCAUCAAGCCAACCCCGGAGCGACUUUCCUAUCGCGACGUCGCGAACACGAACCCGGGUCAAAACACCUACCGCUCAACUAUUGGGUUCCUCGGGACCUCGAUCGAUGCGCUGGAAAUACUGGUCAAAUCCGUUCUCAACCUGGAACCCUGGCGACGUGAUCCAGCUGUCGUGCCGCUUCCUUUCCGCCAGGAAGUCAUAGACUCAUACAUGUCGCGAGUAGAUUCUCAGGGGCGUCCGAAGCCACAGGGAGCGCCUCUGAAGAUUGGUGUGUUCUGGUCAGAUGGUGUUGUUGGUCCCCAUCCCCCUGUUCUUCGAGGCCUUCGGAUGGUCUACAAUGCACUCAAGUGCUCUGGUCACAAGAUGAUGGAUUGGGCACCGCCGUCACAGGCUACGGCCAAACGUGUUCAUGUAUCCUUCCUCAAAGCUGAUGGAGCUUACGACAUUCAUCAACACCUAAAUCUGUCAGGAGAGCCUUUGAUCCCCGACUUGAGAGAUUCAUUCCAGCUUAGGGCACCAAUGGACUUGUUACAGUACCAGGACCUGUCCCUUCAAGGCCUGGACUACGAGCGACAGUACUCGGACUACUGGAACUCCACCGCUGACUCAGAUGGCCAGCUUGUCGAUGCCGUCAUUAUGCCUGUGGCGCCGCACGCAGCUGUGAUUCCAGGCAAAUUCUACCACACAGCAUAUACUGAAGCCAUGAACCUGACGAACUACUCCGCCGUUGUCAUCCCAGUCACAAAGGCAGACGAGAAGAUUGAUGCUUUCGACGAAUAUUACAAGCCAUUGGGAGAGAAGGAUCAACUCAAUUGGCAAUCGUAUGAUCCAGCAGUCUAUGAUGGGGGCCCUGUUGGAGUUCAGGUUGUUGCAAGAAAAUUUGAGGAGGAGAAAGUUCUGGCAGUGGCUCGAAUCGUCUGCAUGGCCCUUGAACACAUUCACGCUCAUUGA